AUGACGGAGAAGCUCUUUGAAACGCUGAAAGGCAGCGCCCAAGACCUGAAAUCCACGCAUCUUCGCGAACUGCUGAAGGAUGAAGCCAGGUGCGAUGGGAUGAUGGUCGAGGCUGAAGGCAUUUGCCUGGACUAUUGCCGACAGAAGGUCACCAAGGAGUGCAUGUCCCAACUCUUCGAUCUAGCCAAGGCAGCAGGUGUUGACGACAAGAAGAAAGCCCUCUUUGCUGGGGAGAAGAUCAAUGAGACCGAGGGUCGGGCUGUUCUGCAUGUUGCCUUACGGGCUCCGAAAGAGGAGGUGAUCAAUGUGGAUGGCAAGAAUGUGGUUCCAGAUGUGCAUUCGGUGCUGGAUGCCAUCAAGGCAUUUUGCGACAAGGUGCGCAGUGGCAGUUUUGUGGGGUACACUGGCAAGAAGCUCACAGAUGUCUUGUGCAUUGGAAUCGGAGGUUCCUACCUGGGUGUUGAAUUUGUUCAUGAAGCACUCCGCACUGAUCCAGCUGCGUCUUCCGCAGCAGAGGGUCGGUCGCUGCGGUUCUUGGCCAAUGUGGAUCCGAUCGACGUUAAGCGCGCAUUGACUGGACUCAAAGCUGAGACGACUUUAGUGGUAGUCAUCUCCAAGACCUUCACCACAGCAGAGACGAUGCUGAAUGCACGCACUGUGAAGGACUGGCUUUUGAAGGAGCUGAAAAGUGAAGAGGCCAUCGCCAAGCACGUCAUCGCCUGCUCCACAGCCCUUGAUAAGACGAAGGCCUUUGGGAUCGACUCAGCCAAUGUUUUCGGUUUCUGGGAUUGGGUUGGUGGCCGAUUCUCUGUCUGCAGCGCUGUCGGUGUGGUUCCUCUUUCAUUGCAGUAUGGCUUUGAUGUCGUGAAGAAAUUCUUGGAUGGAGCACGUGCAAUGGACCUUCAUUUCAAAGAUGCACCCAUGGAGAAGAACUUGCCCACACUUCUAGGGUUGUUGGCUGUAUGGAAUGCUUCCUGCAUGGGAUACGAGGGAUGCGCUGUCUUGCCAUACUGCCAGGCUCUGGUUCGCUUUGUUGCUCAUAUCCAGCAGCUGGAUAUGGAGAGCAACGGAAAGCGAGUGCAGAUGGAUGGUAAAGAGUGUUCUGUGCCCACUGGUGCGAUCUACUUUGGAGAGCCAGGAACCAAUGGACAGCACUCCUUCUACCAGCUAAUGCAUCAAGGUCGAGUGAUUCCCGCGGAUUUUAUUGGCUUCAAAGUCUCUCAGAAUCCCAUCAGCCUGGAUGGAGAGCCGGUGUCCAACCAUGACGAGUUGAUGUCCAACUUCUUCGCACAGCCUGACGCCUUGGCUCUCGGGAAGACGGCCGAAGAGUUGAAGGCCGAAGGUGUGGCCGAGAAGCUGGUUGCGCACAAAGUCUUCACAGGCGAUCGACCCUCCAACUCUUUGUUGUUGCCGAUUUGCGAUCCGUACAACCUGGGCCUGCUGCUGUCACUUUAUGAGCACCGAACAGCAGUGCAGGGUUGGGUUUGGAACGUGAACAGCUUUGAUCAGUGGGGCGUUGAGCUUGGAAAGGUCUUGGGCGUGAAGGUUCGAAAGUAUCUCUCCCAAGCAAGAGCAGGUGGUGGAGAUGCCACCGGAUUCCAAAAGCCAACACAGAAGCUGAUGUCCGCCAUGUUGUCGCCGCCUUCUGCUGUGGGUGACAGGAUUGUAAUGCUGAAAGCUCGAGAGAUCUUCGAUUCACGAGGAAAUCCUACUGUGGAGGUAGAUCUCUGCACAGACAACUGCCUCUUCCGUGCCGCUGUGCCAAGCGGUGCUUCCACUGGAAUCUACGAGGCCAGCUUCGCUGAGUUGGCGCGAGAGGCUUUAGAGCUGCGUGAUGAUGACAAGAAGCGCUUGUUGGGCAAAGGCGUUUUGAAGGCCGUUGCCAACAUCAACGACGUCAUUGCACCAAAGCUUGUUGGCAUGAAGGUCACUGACCAGGCAGGAAUCGACAAGCUCAUGGUGGAACAGUUGGAUGGCUCCAAAAAUGAAUGGGGCUGGUCAAAAUCCAAGCUAGGUGCCAAUGCAAUCCUUGCAGUGUCCAUGGCUAUUUGCCGUGCAGGUGCAGCAGCUGAGGAGGUGCCACUCUACCAGUAUAUCGCCAAGCUGGCGGGCAAGCCAACAGACAAGUUUGUCAUGCCAGUUCCUUCCUUCAACGUCAUCAAUGGCGGAAGCCAUGCAGGAAACAGAUUGGCAUGCCAAGAGUUUAUGAUCCUUCCAACAGGCGCAACAUCCUUCAGAAAUGCCAUGGAGAUUGGUGCUGAAGUAUACCAUAAUCUCAAGAGCGUCAUCAAGAAGAAGUACGGCCAGGAUGCUUGCAAUGUGGGAGACGAAGGAGGCUUCGCACCCAACGUCCAAGACAACAACGAAGCUCUAAAUGUGCUUAUGGAGGCCAUCAAAAAGUCGGGUCACGAAGGAAAGGUGAAGAUCGGAACCGACGUGGCCGCCUCUGAAUUCUGGAGGCCUGAGCAGAAGAAAUACGACUUGGACUUUAAGAACGAGAGUGGAAGCAGUGCGGAAAUGCAAAAAACUGCCGAGGAGAUGAUUGAAUACUACAAGGCGCGGUGA